UUAUUUUUGCCUAUUUUUGAUCAUAUAGUCAGUUCAUAGACUGACUCAUGCAUGUCGGAUUGAAAUGAUCAGCAGGCUAGAGGCUCUCUUGUCUAUAUAUCUAGAAUCUAGAUAAGAUCUAGAUCUAGAUUCUCGUUUAUUUUACUAUAAUAAUUUACAGCUAUUUAAAUAACAAGACAAGUGUAGGCCUACACAUCAUCUACACUGGACUGAUUACUGAGUAUGUGAAAGUAGACUGGUGAUCCCUCUGUGUAAAGAGAGUCUGCUGCAAUGGCGUUGGAACUGUUUCGGCGUUUGAUACAGAUGUGGCGGGAAUUCAGGUCACAGAAGAACAUUGACAGAACGGCAGAUUUUCACUCAUUUGUGGUAUUCCAGGAUUUCGUAAAUAAUCGUGUGGAGUCUGACUCAGAUCGCUUACAAGUGUUGCAUGUCGAUAACACAGAAAAUGACCUUGUAGAGCCUUUCUAUGAUAUUCCUAUAAACAUUGGAAGGUUUGCACAUUUAACGUCUUUUGUGGCUAUUGGCUGCAAUUUGCGUGAUAUUCCGUGGUCUAUUGUGUAUUUGAAACAGUUGGAGGUUCUCAACUUGUCUUUCAAUUGCUUAUCUGUUCUUCCCAACUAUAUUGGUAGUUUGUCCAACCUGAAAAGUAUGAAUCUAGAAUCGAACUGUUUGCAAGCACUACCAUCUGCACUGUUGCAGCUGUCAAAGCUAGAAGUGCUUAACAUUGACAAUAACAAAGGACUCAUUUCACCACCAUAUUUGGUGUGCAAGAAGGGUCUCCGGGCUAUUAAGGUCUGUUUGAAAAAUCGUUCAAAUCAUAGAAAUCUGUGGGAAAACUGUCGUGCUUAUUACACCGCUGAAGAAGGUAACAUGCCUUGGAGUGUUUCCGUACAGCCAUUGGUUGUGAUAUCUGUACAGUGCAUCUUAGCGUCAAAGGUAGACUAUUUGUGUCAAACUUUUCUGCCUCCACGGCUGAAGAGCUACCUUCAGGAAAAAGAGAAAGAAGAAAAGGAUGGCAUUCAACUAGCGAAGUGUGGAGAUUGUGGAGGGUAUUUUUCUAACGUUUACCACUUUGAAGUUCAUGAAUGCAAAGUGUCACGAAAUAAGGGAGGGGUCAGGGCUUCUGAGUAUUUUUGACUCAUUUAAAGAGAGUAA